AUGCACAGUCGUGUAAUAGAAAUGGACGUUAUAUCAUGGCGGCGAACCAGCAAGUAACAGAAGGUUGGAGAGCUACUGACUUUUUCCUCUGGUCUUUAGAGUUUUGAAAAAGAAAAUACGUAAAGCAGUGUCUUAGUUAUAUGUUCCUAUGUUGCAGAUUUGAAAGCAUUUGAACGGAGGCUGACGGAGUAUGUGUCGUGUUUAGGUCCGCAGACGGGAAGAUGGAGAAGUGAGUUUUCAUAUCAGUGCAGGCAUUUGGAGUGCAUAAUUAUUGAUCGCGGUGGUUUUGUCUUGAAUUCAGGGUAUCAAUUUUCUGCUGAAAAACGUACGCAAGGAAAUAAACAGUAUUGUGAUACUGUGGCCUAAAACAAAGGAUAUAAGCGUGCCUGAAUAUAAAGCUAGAAUCCCUCGCACUUGUUAUGCUCACCUUGAGCUUCAAACCUGUAGUUAAGCCUGCUUUGUGAGCUUAGUUUUAUAAAAUCAUAAAUUGCUUAAUUACUUUUUCUUGUUGCAUUAUGUUGUAUGAUGUAAAGCUGUAAUAAUGUCCAACAGUGUGGUAUUUAGCAUUGCAGUACAAAUGUGAUGUGCAUAGAUGUCUUCAUAGAGGGACCAUAAGCAUGGUUUUCACUUGCAAUAAUGUCAGGCUGAGGAGUAGAUCCAGGAGGAGUACACUGGAUUUCAAGUGACAGGGAUGAUCAAAGGAUUUUUUGGGGUAGAAAAAUUUGGCAAGUAUAUUUUGGGGUGGCUUGAUGUAAGUAGGGAUUUUUGGGGGGUAUUCAAAACAAUCUGAAGACUCGUGGUAGUGCCUGUGUGAUAACGUCAGAUGGUAUGAUGGAGAAACAAACACAAACAAUGAAUGUCUUCUGUAAAUUUUUAAGACUUGGAAUUUCUGCAUGGAAUUUUUUGGAGGUUAAUUUUUUGUCUAGGGAUUUUUUUGGCUUUUGCUUUUUGCCCCUAUUCAAUCAUCUCCGUCACUUGAAAUCCUGAACACUUCCCCUGGGUAACUAAAAGGGCUGAGCAUUACCAUCUGGUGAAAAAUAAUUAAUAUUAAUUAAUGUUAUAUUAUUAGUCUAAGUAGAUGGUGUUAAUGUUUACAGUGAUCCUUGUUAUUUCAUCUGUUGCUACGGCUGCUGGAGCCUGGGGAUUAAUAACAGAUAAUCAACAAGUAAGUGAUAGUUAAGAUACCAUCAAAUUCCUGUCACCAGCCCUGAGCUUAUACAACUUCGUAAGGGGUUUUGAUUAGACUAAUAAAUGGGUGGGCAUUUGUCCAGGUUGCGUUAAAAAUGAUAUAAAAAUGUUUUGGAUGGCCAAAACAUCAGACACAAUCAUUUAGAACUAUGGUUUUACCCUUAGCCAGAGCAAAAGUAAAACAAAAUCUGUGUCUUAAGCUGACUUUUAUAACAUCACCAACAAAGAGUUAGUAGUACCCAGGGGAGAAUGUAGGCAAAGAGAGAUGAUAUUCUGAUGUGUGAAGAAAACAGAUGAAACCCCUAUAUGUAGGUCUUUUGUUUUAGGGCUCUAGGUUGCAUCCUGAAUUUUUUUUUUUCAACCAAUCUCGUGAGACGUUAGUUUGUCAGAGCUCUGACAUCACCUUUUACUAGCAAUGUUUUUUUUUUGCGUGCUGAUUAUGUUUUGCUGGGUUUUCAUCUGGGUGGGCAUUUAACAAGAAUUCUUUAUUGAGAUUUACACAUGCUGAUUAAAAAGUAAUUCCUUUUAUAGCUCCUUCAUGUAUUGUUAACCAGUUUUUCAAGAUUAGUGUGUAAGGGAUUAGGAGCUGUCAACAUCCUAAUGAUUUCCUUUGCCUAAAGGCUCGAAGUUGGACAUAAUGUGUAUAAAAUUAUUCCCUAUUUUCACUUGAUUACACCUACAUUGUACUAAUUUUAUCAAUGAACUGUUCACCUCAAUAAUUUUUGACAAAUCAACCACAAUUUUCCCUGGUCUACAUUCUUUUAGACCAUAGAAAUGACAUCAAAAAAUGUUCAAAACUGGAACCACCAGCUGCAGGCGAAUGGUUUCACUGCAAAGUUUUCAACUUUUUAUGGCGUCAUUUCUAUGGUCUAUAAGAGUGUAGACCAUGGAAAAUUUUGGUCGAUUUUUUUUUUACCAUGGUUAUUUUUAUACAAAAGACCAAAAACAAGAGAACCAGCACUGCGUGACAUGUUAUGUCAUUUCCAUGGUCUGUACUAUUAUAGACCAUAGCUGUCGACCAAUCAGCGCACAAGGAUUCGCUCAGUUAUUGAAAAUAUCCUUUGCUCUUGUUUUUGCAGCAUCCAUCAUUACUACAAUACCUUUUCUAUCACAAAUUAUUUACACUAAGUUGCUGCAUCCUAUUCAUAUUACUUAUGCUCGGAAUUCAUAGAAGAGUUAUGGCCCCACAGAUGUAUCCUUUACUCUUCAGAAUCCCAAAAUGUCCAAUAAUAAUAAUAUUUAUUUUAUGUAUAACAAUAAAUUAAUUUUAAGUGAUACUGUUAUCAAUGGAAUAAUAUUAAUGUAAGUUUUCUAUAACACAUAAGUGGGUUUGGGUCGAAUAAAAGGUAACCCAUUUUCGUUGGAAGUUUGGUGUCAAAACAAGAAAUAUGUUGCUGCCAUGUUGAUCUUGGAUCAUGUUUCAAUCACUUUGCAGUGCAACCACAAGCGGGUCUUCAUUUCUAUGGUCUAUAAAACUGCAGACAGCAGGAAAUGAUUGUUUAUUUGUUACUUAUGCCUGCAGUUUCUUCUUUGCUUUGAUAAAGAGGGUGUGCUUCUGGAUCUCAAACUGUACAUUUAUCAACUCUGUUGUAGUUAUCUUUUUUUCGUUUGUUUCCUUUUAAGAAUAUUUUAUGGCCACCCAAAAGAUUUUAUUAUAAUGGUAUUAUUAUUUGUAUUUUGUAUUGUACUGGUAAUGAGAAAAAUAAAAAGUUUUGCCUUUAACAUAUCAAAGAAUUUUAGCAAGAACAAGAAUUGUUUUAGAGGAUUACAACAUGUCCUGUGAUGAUGUAAGUACUUUUUUUUGUCUUAAAAUGCUGUACAGUGAUAGUUCAGACACCAAUUAAAUAAAUGUGCCACAAUAAUAAAGUUAGAUGAUCAGUAGAUUGGUGCAAACCACCCUGGAGGCAGAGGCUCCUUUUGUCUUCGUCUUGAUCAAAGAGGGGAAAUAAGAAUACUCUGCCUGAAUCACAUCAAGCCAUUGAAGUUGCUUCAGGCUGGACUUUAGGACUAGUCAAUCUUGUCUUCUCUUGUGAAACUGGUUUUUCCAGUGUCUGUAUCCAUUUUUUGAUAAAGCGAUGCUCAUAACUGAGCCCGCUGUCUCCAGGGCACAGCUAGUAGGCCUGGUUGGAAGCUGUACUAAAGCAACAGGCUGCACAUGCUCAACAAAGAUCUUGCUUGAUUCAUGCAUUUUUUCCCAAGUAUGCCAAAAUUGAGCAAACAAAAGAAAGGAUCUCAGGCAGGGGAGAUACAAGCCUGACUUACAUACAUAAACUUGUCUCAUAUUAAAUAACCUUCCAGUUACACUCACAAAGGAACAUUAUUAUUCUAUCAUUGCACUGGGUUAAUUUCUCAAUUAUUUUCAUAUGGGAAUGCAAUAUAUUUAUCAGGUAAAUGGGGAGAGGCCAUUAUUUUGUAGUGCUUUUCAAAAGGUAAAUUCCAGUAGUUUUAGUGGUGGAAUUGCCUAAAAAUCAUCUAACCCGUGGUCAGGCCAAUUUUGGCAGCUCUAUAAUAUUCUCCUAAACAGAGGAAAAUCUCAGGUGAAAAAUAAGCCAUCCCAAAAAGCUGCUUCACCAAGUUAGCUUCCCAUCAAGUUUACCUUUUCUACAAAAAGGCUGAUAACAAUUCUCAACAUUGACAUGUUAACACCUCUCUUUUAUAAUAAUUUAUUAUCUGUGGCAUUUUCAGAAGGGAAGACUUAUUCUAAAGCCAAGGCCAACGUGACAAAGGCCAAAAAAGCCUGGUUUUCACCGGCAAGCUGAUCAUAAGAAGAAGAGAAAACAGAGGCAGAAGCAUGCAAGAAAGUGCAGAUGAACUCCUCUUACCAGAGCAUGUGGAUUUUUAAAAAUUAUUCCUCAAGCCCAAAUGGGCUCUGAGUCAAUAUUGACUCAGAGGCCACGAGGUCAAGAGGAAUAAUAAAUUGUUUUGGUAAAAUCCAACUAGUUGGUCAAAAAUAUUGAGAAUAAAAGCAUUUUAGCUAGUUAAAGCUAGACUUUAAACCUUUUUGCCACCCAAAAGCCUGCUCUUUUCGCUACUAGUGGGCUAUAACAUAUAGCCUAGUAGUGGCUCAACCAAUCAGAAUGUAGCAUUGAUAAUAGACCACUAGUUGGAUUUAACUAAAAAAUAUUAUUUGUGCUUAGCUUGUUUUCUUCUGUUUUCAGUCUUAUCAUUGGUGAAAAGUAGGCUUUAGCAAAGUUGUCCAGAUAAGUUCUGAGUUGUCAUCUCUCAAACUCAUUCCUGAUAAUAAAUUAUUAUCAUGAAGGAAGAUAAGACAAAAGACUUCACUGCCAUACUGUGGUAAUGAAAGGUGAUUCUUUGAGUUUCGUCGAGAUAUAUCGACCUCAAAUGAAACUAUCAUUAAAAACAUCUGAGGUAGUUUUUGUAAGGUACAAAGAGUUAUGAAGUCAUGUUUUAUACUAGUUAGCCAGUGUUUAGGCCCCAUUGUCUUUUAUGAAACCAGUCAGGGUUUUAAUAUUAUUGUGCCUGAUCAAAAGACUUGUAGUAAAUUCUUGUUAAGCCUUUAAGUCCCAAUAGUGACCAAGAUCAAUUUUCUCCUAACAAUAUCCAUACAUUGUCAACAGAUAAGUUAUGAGAAUUAAUAAAAUGAUCACCUAUGUAAAAAUGCCUUGAUCUUUUAACAAAUUCUCUUAACUAAUUCUUUAAGGAAAUGUAUAGAGAUCAGUUUGGAGAAAUUGUAUGCAGAUACUGGGGCUUAAAGGGUUAAAGGAGCUAUGUCACAUUAUUUGCUGUUUAAAAAAAGCUAAAAGAUCAUGUCCUGGCAUCAAAUUAGUUUCAAAAAUAAUGGUUUAGUUUUGUUAUACAAGACUCUAUUUUGGUAUUGAAACUGUUGCCUACUGUCUCUUGCUAUGGAUAGCAUGGAUGUAUGUGGAUUGAAACUUGAAAAAGUUGACCAAAACAGUAUAAUGCUAUGCCUGAAAAAAUUACCUUUAAGAUUUUUAUGGUGGUGCUCUCGGAUGAGAUUUGUUUGAUACAGAUCUUUUUCAUAACUCUAUAGGAGCAUUUUUUGUAUGAGUAAGGUUUUAAGUAGUGACCUAAGCACAGAAUUGACCUAAAACAGCAAUAUUCUUGUGACAUGGCCACUUUAAACAGAGCUGAAUCCACACUUGUUAGAACCAAUAAUAUGAGUGGAUAAUCUCCUGUGGGCUUCAGCUUGGCGUUGUAAAGCCUAUGCAGAUCAGACGUGAAUAUCUUAUCAUACUUGUGAAUUGAGCUUUUUAUCGAAAGUUAAUUAAUACUAAUAAACCUUGUCACGGUUUUGGAAGCCAUCUUGACGAGAAGGCAACAGCGUGACAAAUUACAGUGUUUGAAUGAGAAUGUAAUGUCGAAUAAUUUCCGUAAAACGCCUGUUCUGAAAAAAUACAAAUUGUAAACUAAAGCUACACAGCAAAGGAUUCUUCUAACAAAUUUUGGAGGCCGUAACUGGGGUUAAAUUUCUCCACACAGUUGCUUCAGAUUUUCCAUAUAUAUGUCUGCAAUUUUUCCCUGGAAAUUUUAGGCGGCUGGAAGAAAAAGUUUUACAGGCCAAUGUAUGGAAAAUUUUUAAAAGUGGUGCUAGUGCAUGUAGCUGCAUGUAACGCCCUCAAAUUUUUUCAGUUGAAUCGUUAGGAGUGAAGCAUUAGUUUACAAUUCCCUUUUUUUUCCAGAAUAGGUGUUUUACGGA